AUGUCCGACGGGACUCUCGCCUCGGCAGUCGCUGUUCCUGAGCAAGAAACGAUCCAGCAAUUUCAAGAUACAACCACGAAACGAAGAAAUUCCUCCAUCACAGACCAUGAUUCCAAGCGUCGCCGACUGAGUUCCGACGGCAAUGUCUCGCCGCAUCCGCAGCGCCGGCCCUCGCAAUCGUCUCCAGUAGAGAGCGAACGCCCAGAUGAACGUAAACCUGCGCCGCGCGUGAGAAAGGAAGAUGAGCGCAAACGGGGACAGCGGCUUUUUGGUGGGCUAUCGGGCACGCUUUCUCAGAGCUCGACCUCAGCGGCGCAGAAGCGGCGGGCGGAUAUUGAGAAGAGGCAGCAGGAUAAACUGAAGAACCAGGCCGAUGAGUUUGACGGUCGUCAGAUUCGGAGAAAAGAACGCCGAGACGCAAUUCGGAAGAAAGAGAUGCCAUUCUACGAGCGCGAAGCUAUGCAAACUCGACAUUCGAAUAUGAUUGCUGCGGCACAAUUCUUGAAGACUCGAACAGAGCCGGUUUUGUUCUACAAGCCGUGGCAACUACGUGCACGCGAUGAAACGACGAUCGCAGACCAGAUCAAAGAAGCCGAGACAACUGUUUCUCGCGAGCCCGCGGAGCAACACGAACAGCAACAGCAACAGCAACAACAGCAACAAAUGCAACAACCAUCGAAUGGUGAGCAACAGGAGAAGGCUGAAUCGAUUGUGAAAGAUCCGACACCUGUAGAACACGAAGACUUAACGAAAGAAAUCCCGGAUAAUACGGUAGAUGCACAAAUCACCCAGUCAAACUCCGAUCCAAGUAGAUCUGAUGCACCGAAUGAGGAGACGGCUGCACAGGUGGCUGAAGCCAACCGUGCAGCCGAUGAUGAUGGGGGCGAAGUGGUUGAAGAUAAUGAGGACACUGUGAUUUACUAG